UUCACACCGCUCUCUCCUAGAAAACCCCAUCUCCUAAGAAACCCUAAAAACCCACAACAAAGCAGAUACUUCUCCAGUGAAGAUCUUCACUCCAGGAGAACCCUAAUUCUCAGUCUUUCGCCGUCCUCUUCUUCCUCUCCUCCUUGUUUUGUCUUCCAGGUACAAUCUGUUACCAUAUUCUGUUAGAAGGAUUUUACCCGCUGCAAGUGCAACUACAAUGGCUACCCCUCUAGAUAUGACCCUUGAUGAUAUGGUGAAGAGAAAUAAGAGCAGGAGAGCAAGAGGACGAGGCAGGCCUCGCCGAGGCCGUGGAGCAGGUGGAUUUUUUAGUGGAGGUCCUGGAGGAAGAGUGACGGGGCCUGUUCGUGGAGGCCCUCUUGCGGUGAAUGCUCGGCCAUCACAGUAUGGAAUUGCCAAGGCAAGCUCAAAACUGUGGAUGUCAUGUUCAUUCUGAUAAAGCUUAAGAAAACAAAAAGAAGAUCAUUAUCCUGCUUUAGAAAAACAAAAACAGAGGAUCUGUGACGUAAUUUUGUCCAUUGAGAAGUUCAUUUUCGCUCAGAUACUAAAGCAUAAUCUCUGAUUGUCACGUUUAUGCCUUGAUCUUCAUGAUUUAAAAGUUUUUGUGGGUUACUGGGUUAUACUCUUGGGACUUUGCUACAGAUCCUGCAUAUAUAUGUCGAAGUUUUUGGUGUGGCAUUAAGAUGCACUGCUGCAUUCUGGCAUUCA